AGCAAGGAGCAGAGCCAGCAUGUACCUGGAGAAGGCAGAAGAGGAGGAUAUCCUGCUCACGUACCCGCACUUGCACAUAAUAUUUUCCUUGCUUGGCUUGAAUCCUCGAGUCACUAAGGUAGUCCGAGGAAGCACGGAUGUGGUCGGGACGGAAGUGAUGGUGGAAUUGGAACGAGGGCAUUGCUUGAAUGGUUGGUGGGAUAUCCGUCUUUCGCGACUAGGAAUUCGUAGUCGAUUUUGCGAAGUAGGCACAAUAUUGUGUUCAUCAUCUGCUGGAAUACGACAGCCUUGUCAAGGAACAACAUCUCUUGGAACAUGGGUCGGAAUAUCCGUAAACUACGACGCAGCGGAAAUCGGGGCACCGGGAUUAUGGCAGCCAGGACCGGAUCAUUCCCCACAUGGCCCCCGUCCCUCCUUCCCCUACCCUUCCGCUUAUAGCCCGGACCUGGAGGCUGGAGGAUGGCAGCCCUCCACUCAGUGCUACCUCGCGGAUAAUAAUCGCGAUACGGCACUGUUAGCAACGGCGAUUGAGCGUUGUAUAGCACUGGAGUAA